AUGCCACAAUACAAACCAAGGGAAAAUGCAGUAGCUGCGGCUAGUGAUGAUAGUAUAACGGGUAACACCAUUCUUCUUAUUCUAGGAUCCUUGGUUUCUCCUGAGUACAAAAUGAAGCUUAAAAAUGUUAUGAGAUGCUGGAACAGAGGAGAAGCCAUCGAUGUGAUCCAUGAAGUGAUGAGAGAAGAAGAAAGAGAAGAUUCGAUAAGCGAAAUCUUGAGAUACAUUCACAUUGCUUUGUUAUGUAUCGAUGAGGAUGCAGACACAAGGCCGAGUAUUGAUAAAGUUCUUCAUUGGUUUAGUUGUUUAUCUACGCCUUUGCCUGAACCAUUCAUUGGUAAUCGAUUUCUUGCAGAGGAAGAAACAAAUCUGUCUUGGUCACCGUCUCUAUCUCCCGGUCAUAGCUCUGUCAGUUUCAUGUCACCUAUAUCUUCGCGUCAAGGAUAUUGA